AUGAGGGGGAAACGGGCGAAGCAAUACAAAAAGCUCAUGCAGCAGUAUGGGCUGAGCUACGGAUUCCGCGAACCUUACCAAGUUCUUGUCGACUCAGGAAUUCUUCGCGAUGCAGAUAAAUUCAAAAUGGAUUUAGUUGGAGGGUUGGAGAGGACUCUUCAAGGCCAGGUCAAACCUAGUAUGUUUAUCAAUUUAUGCGCCGAGGGCAAGGGCUUAUUCUUAUUAGUGAUCACACAAUGCUCGAUGCGACAUCUCUACGCUGCUUCCUCGGAACCAGGAGUCUCCUACCUCAUCGAUAAAGCGAAGACCUACGAACGGCGGCGAUGUGGCCAUCGUCCUGAGGAAUACCCAGAGCCUCUCAGCGAACAGGAUUGUCUGGCUUCUGUAGUGGACCCAAAGAACAACAAGACAAAUAAGAACUGCUAUGUGGUUGCAAGUCAGGAAAUCGAUGUGCGAAAGCACAUGAGAGGUGUUAUGGGAGUACCUUUAGUGUAUAUUGCGAGGAGUGUUAUGAUUAUGGAGCCUAUGGCAGACGCCACAUCUGAUAACAGGGAGCGAGAAGAACGCACAAAGUUCAGAGCUGGGCUGAAGAGGGGUAGUGGGAGUCUGAAGAGAAAAAGAGAGGAUGAUCCGGACGAGGGUGGAGAAGGGAAAACAGAUGGGGUCCAGGGAGAUUCAACACAAAAGAAGAAGAAGAAAAGCGGAAAGGGUCCUAAAGAACCCAAUCCAUUGGCUGUGAAGAAAUCCAAAAAGAGCAAGUCGGUAGAAAGUGGUGAGAGUAAGAAGGCAGAAGACGUUGAAAGCUCAAAUCCGGACCCCUCAGGAACGAUAGAGUCCGGAGGCAAGCGUAAGCGUAGACGGAAACCAAAAUCCUCGACAGAAGGCGCAGCAGCAGAUGGUAGCGAAGCUGUUAAUGAAGAAUGA